ACUAGCAAUAUCAAAGCCAACAAAUACGGAAGACCUACCUACCCACCUGCACUGAUUUACAUGUUCUGGAUAACAAUUCCUUCCGCCAGAUUUCCUCAACAUUGACCUUUUAUCCCGUUCGCUGCAAGAUGGCUCCCUCUAUAGAUACUGCUCCAGCGGCUACAGACAACAAUGACCACCUUAUCAAAUCCAGCGACCCCAAACACCCAGCGAAUCUCAUUCCAGAGUUAUGCAAGAAAUUCUGGGGGUUAGGCUGGGUAACAGGAACCGGUUUGAGUCUCUCGCAACCCUACUCGCACAAGACUAACAAGCACUCAGGGGGAGGAGCAAGCAUUCGCGACGAGGACCUAGUCUACCUCGCACCAUCAGGCGUCCAGAAGGAGAUGAUGAAACCAGAAGACAUCUACGUACUCGAAAUGUCCAAGCAGCUCGAUCCCAAGAAACGCAUAUACCUCCGCUCCCCACCAACAUUCAAGCCCUCCCAAUGCACGCCUCUCUUCAUGGCCGCCUUCACAAAACGUGGCGCAAGAUGUUGUAUCCAUUCACACUCCCAAUGGGCCGUCCUCGUCACCCUCCUACUCGAAGCCUCGCCAACCAACUCCAAAAUCUUCGAAAUAAACAAUAUCGAGCAGAUCAAAGCAUUUGGUCGCGGGUACCAGAAGCAGGGAAACUUGGGAUAUCAUGAUACGUUGCGGAUCCCGGUAAUUGAGAAUACACCAUUCGAGGAGGAUCUGACGGAGUAUCUGGAGAAGGCUAUGGAUAAAUACCCUGACACUUAUGCUGUGCUUGUUAGGCGGCAUGGAGUUUAUGUUUGGGGCGAUACAGUUGAUAAAGCGAAGGCGCAGGCUGAGAGCUUGGAUUAUCUCUUUCAGUUGGCAGUAGAGAUGAAGAAGUUGGGUAUGCCAUGGCUGAGCAACAUUGCCUGAACUGGCUCGUUGAUCUAGAAACUUGGUAUACAAAUUUUUGUAUGGCCUGAGAUUUGGAAAGUGCUCGAAGGCGAGUAACAAUGCCCUUCCCGCCGGGUCAGCCUGAGCGAGCCGUCUCUAUCAUCAGGUGGUGUAUACGAAGAGAUUUAUUGAGGGAGGUCCAGCUACAACGAGCAACAAAACGCCAAAAUUUAGUCUCUCACUGGAC